GUGUUCAAUGUAAGUAUAGUGGGUAAAUUGGUGUAUUGAAAAAAUUUUCUGGAACCUUUUGCUAUUAUACAUAAACUGCAUUAUAUAAAUUUGUGUGUGGGUGUGAUUCUAUAAAUGCUUGUAUACUUUUUCUAUAGUUUACAUUGUUUCAAAGCUAAAGCCAAAAUAAUUUUCCAAUUCGGUUGUUAAAUGGAUUACAUAAGCAAGUAUACCAGUGGCAAAGUGCGUAAAAUUGUAUACAUAUGCAGGAAGUCCAUGCUGAACGCCAUUGAUGAGACAAAAAUCGUUGUAGAGAUCAGAAAGGAAACAGUUAUAUUACCCUCAUUACUUUCAUUCAUGUAUUCAUUGAAGGCGUCUUUCACCACGUGGCUUAAUUUACUUAAGAAGAGAAUUUAAUUCGUAACCUGUUUUCAUUAACACUGCUUUUACAUAAUAAAAAUGUCACAGUGAGUACCUAUUAACAUUCAUUAAAAACUACAAAUAUGGGCGUACCAGCUGGUGAUGUUGAAAAGGGCAAGAAACUCUUUGUCCAACGUUGUGCUCAAUGCCACACUGUUGAGGCUGGUGGCAAGCACAAGGUCGGCCCAAACUUGCACGGUCUGAUCGGCCGCAAGACUGGCCAGGCUGCCGGUUUCUCCUACACAGAUGCCAACAAGGCGAAAGGCAUUACCUGGAAUGAGGAUACCCUUUUCGAAUACUUGGAAAAUCCCAAGAAGUACAUCCCUGGUACAAAGAUGAUCUUCGCUGGUCUGAAAAAGCCCAAUGAGCGUGCUGAUCUGAUUGCUUACCUGAAAUCGGCCACCAAGUAAAUUUCAGUCACAACACCAUUAAACCUUGUAAAAGAAGCUAUCAUAAAGUAAACCACCUCAUCGAUGUACUAGCUCUGGAUAAUUAAAGAUAUAAACUGUAAAAAUAACAACUUGGGUUUGACCGAUGAUGUUUUGAAUUGCAGGCGUGCGUAGCUUAUGAAGACAAUUUGUACAAAAUAGCACACAAGCAAAGAGAGCACCAUCAUCCGUUUAAGAGCAAAGAUACACUUUAGUUUUAAAUUUAACUAUUCUAAAUAGGACAAUUUAAUUAUUUAAUUUUAUUGUGUAAAAUAAAUAUUACCAAUUUUUUAGUUGGUUUUGACUUCAAAAUGCUGAAGAAAAUGUAAUGAUUCAAAUUUGACAAAACCAAUAACAAUAAACCAAUAAAAAACUGAAAAAAUUAAAA